AUGUCCAUUUCACGUCCUCCACACGCACCGGCCUGCUUCUCUCGUCUGUUCCGUCAAAUUUACUGCAAAUAUCCUCAAUGUCAAAAUCAUUUUCCCGUUCCACUAUCUUCUCUCAAUAUUUCACUUGUGCAAAUUCACACUCUAUUUUCCGGUCCUCUGAUCAAGCGACUGUUGAAUGUUCUCGAGCCUGCAGUUAACUCCGUUCUGCCGGACGAGAACACACUCCGGUCGGCAUGGCCCAGUCUACUUCACUCGCCUGAUCAUAGGAUUGUGAGACAAUUCAACUGUCCAUCCCUCAUUGCCGAAUGUAGCCUAGGCCGAAUAUCACACUGUUGCACAGACAAUCAAACAGACGCACACAGAAAAGAUGGCUUGUAA